UGUUGCCAGGUAACCAAAAAGUCGUAUGUUUUUGUGCGAAUUACGAUCAUAAUCUUUACGAUCGUACAUUAAAAAAUAGACAAAUAAUAGUAUGAGUACGAUUUAAAUCGUAUAUCUGUCAACCCUGCUAGCAAGACAGCGACAAAAUCACGUUGCAUAACAAUGUAGCCCAAGCUUAUAUCUUAUGAAAUAUACGGAAGAGAUACGGACUUAGAAAAAACAGAAAUGUUGUUCUUUGUGGAAGUCAUUGAUGAAAUUCUAUGUAUUUUAGCCCGCAAACUUUCUUCAAACAAAAACAGCGCCAUCUAGUAUCGAGUUCUGUAAUUAUCUCUUUGUUUAUGGAUUUGAAGUAAGACCGCCACGCAUGCAAUACAUUAUGACUGGGGAUUCCCCUAUUCGUCGACGCUGAAUAUGAGGCGACGACAAUCACUGUCAAACGUGUUCACUAUUACUCUGACUCUGGUAACGUGACUUCCUGGUAACGUGUUAGGUAGGAAAAGCAGUAAAAAAGUGCAUAUUAAGGGAGCAGAUUUGAAAUAAUAUUUAUACUUAACAAGAAAUAAUUAAAGGUUCAAUGGGGAGACCUAAAGAUUUACGCAUAUGGGAGCACUACCGUACUUUACCAAACAAGUCUGUUUCUUGCAAGCUUUGUAAUAAGGUCUACAAAUUCAGUAAUGCUGCCAAAAUGCUUCAACAUCUUAUCACUUGUCCAAAAUCUCCAGAAACAUUAAAAGACUCUAUGAAACUUAUAAAAGAUAGCUCGUCCAAAACCAAAAUGUCUGGACUGUCAGAGAUAGAGACAAAUGAUUCUUUUAUAAGCCCCUCGUCGUCUGCUAACACUACAAUAAAUGCUGAGUUUCAAGACACCGAUGAUCAUAUAAAAACAGAAUUAGCGAGAGCUAUAUUUGUAACAGGGACGCCAUUAUCGAUGGUGCAACAUCCUUUAUGGAUACAAUUUUUCGAAAAAUUGCAACCAAAAUUUAAAAUACCUUCACGUAAAGCUUUAGCGACAAAAUACUUAGAUAAAAUAUAUAGAGAAAUGCGUUUUGAGUUAAAUGAGGAACUAAAUGCUUGUAGUUACUUACACCUUCAGUGCGAUGGCUGGUCUAAUUUAAGAAAUGAAGGAAUAAUAAACUUUCUUAUAUCAAAACCUCAACCUGCAUACGUUAAAAGUUUGAAUACAGAAAGUAAUCCUCACACUAGUGAAUACCUUAGCCAAGAAGUUGAAAAAGUAAUGAAAGUGUAUGGAGCAAAUAAGUUUCUUGUACUUAUUGGCGAUAACGCUAGAAAUAUACAAAAGGCAUUCGAAUUAACAAAACUCAAAUAUCCACAUGUUGUUCCUCUCGGUUGCUGUGCACAUAUCCUUAACUUGUUGUGCCAAGAUAUUGUAAAGAUACAAGAAGUAACUGUGUUUAUUAUGCAAGCCAUAAAUAUAAUAAAAACUGUUAAAAGGAGUCAACGAUUAAGUUCCUUGUUGAUAAAAUCAAGGCAGGGUGAAGAUUCUACACAAACACUAAAAUUGCCUUGUGCUACAAGAUGGGGAAGUCAUGUUACUUCGUUAAAAAGUUUGAAAGCAAAUAAGAUAGCUUUGCAAAUAUUAACAGUUAGAGAAGAUGUGGUAAUUUCAAGAGAUAUUAAAGAUUUAAUUCUAAGUGAUGAUUUCUGGACGAAGACAGGGGAAUGUAUAAGUAUUUUGGAACCAGUCACUGAAAGCAUAUUUUACUUAGAGAGCGACCAGAAUCGUUUGCAUCGCACAUACAUUACAUUUAGAGAUGUACAAGCUAAGAUACGUUUUGCAUUAAAUGAGAUUUCGACAUUGAGCGAAGAAAGCAAACAGCAGAUUCUAACAUCAGUAUCUUCAAGAUGCAAUAUGGCAAUGAGGCCAAUACAUUUUGCAGCAUAUAUUCUAGACCCCAGGACUCUAGGAGUCGAACUUACUCAAGAGGAAGAACUUAAGGGUAUGGAGUUUAUCUACAAUUUAAGCCAACACUUAAGUUUGUCAAAUGUAAUGGCAGAUUUGGCGUGUUAUAAAGCUAAAGAAAACUUUUGGGCCAGAGGAUUUGUAUGGAGCUCAUUAGAUAGCAUUGAGCCCCUAAUAUGGUGGAAAGGUAUUUGUGGUUCCACUGAGUUAAGCAAAGUAGCGAUUCGUAUUCUAUCAGCUCCCUGUACUUCGGCAGCCACUGAGCGUUCCUUUAGUAUCCAAGGCUACAUACAUAAUAACAAAAGAAAUCGACUUACAACUGAAAGAACUGAAAAAAUUUCAUUCAUUUGUUAUAACUGGAAUCUUAAACAUAAAGCUGAAUGCGAGGACAUUCAGUUUAAUGAAGAAAAUACCUUAGAAGCUUUCAUUGAGCAAGUAAAUGAACAUAACAGUUUAGACGAAAUAGAGCCUAUCGAACCUAUACAAUUCAUCGCUUGUAAUAACUCUGAAUCUGACAGUGAUUGACUGUAGUUUUACAUUUUACUUUCAUCUCUUUCUUAAUAAACUCAAAAUCAAAUUAAAAGUUUUUUAUUCUGUAGGCUGCAUAAUAAUAUUGUCUAUGUCCAGUAUAGUGGACGUCUUGCGGCUGAGAUGACGAUGAUGAAGUACAAAAUCAUAAACACCCAAAAAUUUGGGUGUUUAUGGGGUUUAAACCCAAUAAACCCAAAACACCCGGUUUUUACCCACCAGACUUUAAACCCACCCAGGUGGAUUGCCCAUC